AAAAUUUCCUGCGGAGAGGUUUAAUAAAAAUUAUACUCAGCUCUUACUUGUCGGAGCUGAAUCACGUCAGCCGCCUAUACCUCAGAGUGCGGAAUGAGGAAAGGGAGGAUUGACCGAUGCGCACUUUCUCUGUCCCGUGAUGUGUCCUCGGAGCGGCUGGUGCGUGGCACAGUUUCAACAUCCUGGCCUGUAGGCCGGGGAGGAUUUGCCUGAGGAACGUACUUUGAAGCGGGAAUCUAAUGCAAUGUGGGUGAAAGUGAUUCAGUGAGCACCGACCGGCGAUGACAUCAGGCUGAAGUGUUGCAGUGAGGUGGUUUGGUUGGCGUGAGGUGGCGCGGCGCGAUGCGUGAAUCCUCCGAGCUGCACGCUGUCAGGGGGGAACGAGCUACGUCCUAAACAAAUUCAAGACAUCGGGCCAUUCAUCCUGAGCUGAGCUGGCGAACUGCGUCAUUUCAAGCGCAGGUAGGCUGCUCCUCGGCCCCUCCUGUAUCAUGUCGCCGGUAAAUCGGACCAUCUAACGGGGAUGAAUUCAGCUGACAUUUCCAGCAAAGAUCCGCCUCUAGGAUCCACGUUUUCCUCAGCUCCUAACUUGGACUCGGAUAUUAACGCAAACGCGUGCAUGCAUGUGUAUCAGAAUGGGAUGGACCACAAUGUCAACAUCCAGAACGCAGCGCUCCGCGGGGCCAGCGACCCCAGCUCCUACCCGUCCACGGAGUACCAUGGGCUGGCCCGCCGCAGGUUCAUCCGGCGGAGUCUGUGGGUGUCGGAUCACGACGAGCAGCCGCUGGACACGUCGGAGCUCGUCAGCAGCAGCCCGGUGCUCAACAUCGACCUGCGGACUAUAGUGGACCGGAGUCGGACCCGGGCUCUGCUUCCAGAGACCUCUAGCACGGAGAGCCAGGUGGACCUGAAGGACAGCGUAAGCGCCGAUGAUGAGCGGGGGGACAAAGGAGAGACGGGGCCCAAGGCGGACACGGGUCCGUCAGAUGUUACAGGUAAAGCAGGCAGCGACGAGAACGAAGAGGAGCCCGGGAUGAAGGCUGUGUCCACCUCACCCGGAGGGCGCUUCCUGAAAUUUGACAUUGAAUUGGGGAGAGGGUCCUUCAAGACCGUCUACAAGGGUCUGGACACGGACACCUGGGUCGAGGUAGCCUGGUGUGAACUGCAGGAGAGGAAACUAUCUAAAGCCGAGAGGCAGCGUUUCAAAGAGGAGGCGGAGAUGCUCAAGGCACUGCAGCACCCCAACAUCGUGCGAUUUUAUGACUUCUGGGAAUCACCAGUAAAAGGGAAGAAGUGCAUCGUUCUCGUGACAGAGCUAAUGACCUCAGGGACACUAAAGACGUAUCUAAAGCGCUUUAAGGUCAUGAAGCCCAAAGUUCUGAGAAGGUGGUGUCGGCAGAUUCUAAAAGGCCUCCAUUUCCUCCAUACAAGGACUCCUCCCAUCAUCCACAGAGAUCUCAAGUGUGACAACAUCUUCAUCACUGGUCCAACUGGCUCUGUCAAAAUAGGAGACCUUGGACUAGCAACACUGAAGAGGGCCUCCUUUGCCAAAAGUGUUAUUGGUACUCCAGAGUUUAUGGCCCCAGAGAUGUACGAGGAGCACUAUGAUGAGGCUGUGGAUGUCUAUGCUUUUGGAAUGUGUAUGCUGGAGAUGGCCACCUCAGAGUAUCCUUACUCUGAGUGUCAGAAUGCUGCACAGAUCUACCGCAAAGUUACAAGUGGGGUGAAACCUGCCAGCUACGGCAAAGUCAGUGACCCAGAAAUUAAGGAAAUUAUUGGGGAGUGUAUCUGCCACAGAUGGGAGGAAAGAUACUCCAUCAAGGACCUUCUGAAUCAUGCAUAUUUUGCAGAAGACACAGGAGUCAGGGUUGAGCUAAAUGAGGAGGAUGAUGGAAAAAAAUCAACCAUCGCUUUAAAGCUGUGGGUUGAAGAGCCUAAAAAGCUAAAGGGGAAGUAUAAGGACACUGGUGCCAUUGAGUUCACCUUCGAUUUGGAGAAGGAAGUUCCAGAAGUAGUUGCUCAAGAAAUGGUGGAGUCAGGAUUUUUCUUGGAAUGUGAUGUAAAGAUAGUCGGGAAGUCUAUUAGAGACCGUGUGGCUCUUAUAAAAUGGAGAAGGGCAAGGACUGGUUCACCAAAUGGAAACAGUGAAGUGAAGAAGUUGCAACAGAACCUUCUGCAGGUCCCUGGUACUGGUCCACCUGAGGAAACCAUAUUUACCACUGCAGAUUGUGAGGACCAAGAGACUCUGAUCUGCACUGUUCCUAUCAUCACAUCUACCACAUCUGAUAGUGGAAUGAGCUCCAACAUGCAAUUAGACAAUCUAAGCAAUCAGCAAAAUGGCCACUACCAGUCACUUUCAGAAGCCAUUUCUACUGCACAGCUGCUCUACAGUCCUCCUUCACAAACUGACUCCCAGCUGCACCAAGGACCCUACCAGCAAUCUGCAGGACAGGUCUCACAUGAAAACAACAUCCGACCAACCAGACAGCUUAACCAGGGAGCCUAUCAGCAAUCCACAGCAGGUCAGCCGCACCCUGGGGCCUUCCAACAGCCUGCAGCACAACUGCACCAGGCGCCUUGUCAGUGUCAAACAACGGUUUCUGCUCCAGCUACACCAGUACCCCUUGUGCAGCAAAGUAGACAAACAUCACAGAGUUUUCCAGCCGCAGCCCCAACUCCGCAGACACAACAUAUUUUCCAGUCCAACCAGGAGCAGUGUCAACUCCAACCAGCUGCCGCCCCAUCUCAGCUAUUUUCUGCUGACCAGCCUUCAUCUCAUCUGAGUCCUCCUGAUACCUCUGGCAGUUUUCCACUCUGCAGCCCUCCUCCCCCUCUCCUGCCCCUGCCCAUCAGCACACAGGUGAGUGCUCCCCAUGGGAUCCUGGGAGAUGUUCAGCUUUUGGAAACAGUCCCCCCUGUCUUGCCCAUUGGACAGACUCCAAUCUGGGGAAGCAGAAUAGACACAGAAUCUACUGCAGCUGCUGCUUCUCCAGUCCCAGCUCCCGCCUCAAUUUCCAUCUCUGCUAAGGUUCAGUAUGAAGCUAAAGCCCCUGUACGAACUUUAGUCCCAGGGUCAGCUCAGGCUGCAGCAGCACCUCAGACUCCGACACAAGCUCCAAAAACACUGCAAACUACGGCCUCAGCCCAACUUCAAGCGCCAGUAUCUGCAUCGAGUUUAACUGUAGAGCUCACAUUGGUUUCUUCUGUGAGCUCAGGUGCACUGCAAAUCUCCACCCCAGGGGUGGUCACAGACCCAGCUCCUUUGUCAGCACCGGCUCAGGCUGCAGCUCCUGCUAUAACUUCAGUUCUGCAGCCCGUUGGCAUCCACACAACAGUCCCAGUGUCUGAAUGUGCCAGCCUGGCUACAGCUCAGCAGCAUAUAGAGACAUCAUCUGUUCCUGGGAGCUUUCAGCAAGAAACCUGUGUAGAGGAUGUUCUCCGUGACAGAGCAAUAUCGCUAUCCAGUUAUACCUACGACAGUCUUAACUCUGAUGUUGCGUCGGGUAGGGAAACAAGUGAUGGUUAUGAAAGCUUAGCAAGUGGGAGCAAAGGGGACAUGAAACCCAGGAAACAUCACCGCAAGUCUGCUCGCACACGUUCCAGGCAAGAAAGGACCAGCAAACCCAAACUGAGCAUGCUCAAUGUCUGCAACACUGGUGAUAAAAUGGUUGAAUGUCAGCUGGAGACUCACAACCACAAAAUGGUAACAUUUAAGUUUGACCUGGAUGGAGAUGCUCCUGAGGAAAUCGCUACCUACAUGGUGGAGAAUGGCUUUAUCCUUCCGCUAGAGAAGGAGAUCUUCAUUGAUCAGCUGAAGGAUAUUAUGGACAAAGCAGAAGACAUGCUGCAUGAAGACAUGGGGGAUGAAAAAGACACAAUGUUGAGCUGUAGUCCUCUGCAGGGCCAGAUGUCGGAGGUAGGAGAGGGUCAGCAGCCAGGGGCGCCGCAGCCUGUAUAUCAGCAGAAUGUUCUUCACACAGGAAAGAGAUGGUUCAUCAUCUGCCCGGUGGAGGAGACACCUCCCUGCGUUCAGGACACUCCAUCUGAUGGGACAGCAACCCAGUCACCUGGGAGCUCAGCCAACACCCAGCCUGCUGACAGCACCACUGCAAGGCCCUCCAGAGAAGAGGGGUCAUCCUCUACAAUGUCUGGUGGAAGUGGAGGGUUCACUCAUGAGGUUUAUGGUUUCUACAGUCCUCCAAUAACAUCCAACACUGACCCCCUCCUUUUGGCAACCCUGUCUCCUCCUGUGUCUGCACCCCCUACUCUUCAAUCAGUGUCUUCGGUGGAGCCUGCAGGCAGUUCCCUGCAGCCCAGCUUGCUUGCUGCCAACCCAGACAGAGCUCAAACGUUUCCCCCAUCAUUACCUCACACUUCAUACCCAGUGGAGGAUUCACAGGGAUCUCCUCCUGGAUCUCUUUCCCCUACCCAUGCAGCUCAGAAGAUCCUUGAUUUGGCCCAUUCAGUGUCUAUUUCUGAUGAAGUGCCCUGCUGUCCUCUCAUCAUGCCCCUAUCUUUGGAUGUGAACCCUCCACUGGGCAGGUCACCUCUGACGCCUCUACCCCUCCAGGAGCUUGGUGCCACCAAAGAGCCACCGUCUGCCUCCUACGCUCCUGCUGCACGCAGCGAGCUGCCACAGCAGCCUGUGGUUCUCCACCAGCCUUUUUCUGCUGUGGGAGGCUCCAAAGUGUCCUCGCUGCCCCAGAGCCCGGCGCCAUCCCAACAUGCCGCUGGACCUAGCGAGUCUGAUGGCGAAGGACGGGUCGGUCGUGGAGGUUUUGUUGAUAGCACCAUUAAAACGCUGGAUGAAAAACUGAGGAACCUGCUCUACCAGGAAUAUGCUCCCAUGUAUCCAUCAGGCAGUGUUGCAGAGACACCAGGAUCGGGGACAGAGUACAUCCAGUUUCCUCCUGGCCCGGACAGCGCCACUGGAGGGUCUGGAAACAGCACCCCGGGGCCAAUAGGGGAGACGCGCUACAGGGGAGGAGAACAGCUCCCUCAAAUUCCUGAGAGAAUGGACAGCCUGAGCACGCUGAGUGACUCAGCUGUUUGCGCUUCUUUGUCAAGACGACAGGUUCCUCACUCUGUGUCCUGCACUGGAACGCGAGGUCGAUUUAAGAUCAUCUCUGUUCCUCCUGAAGUGGCAAACAGAAGAGAUGUGAAGCAGAGAAGCUGGAGCAGCGCAGCCUCCCCCGCUCACCCUGGCGAAUACAGCGGGGACCAGGUUCAGACGGAAGCCUUGGCUACCUCCACCACCAUCGGACGAUUCUCCGUAGUGAGCACAGAAGAUGACAUUACUCAGAGGACGCGUUGCAGCCGCUACUCUGCCCCGCCUGAUUUCUACCUAGGCACUCCACCACCCAUGGACUCAGGGGCGGAGAGCAGCCCUGCCAAGCUGGCUCCUGCCACUCCUUCCCAGCACUCUCGCUCUGAGCGCAGAGGUAGUGACCUCAUGAAAAGGGCAGUGGCCUUUCUCCGUCGCACUGGCCGCAGCAGCAGUGUGCAGAGCUCUGACUCACCGAGCAGACAUGGAGGUGUACCUGGCUCAGCCUAUGCCAGCAGCGACAAUGACUCAGAGAUGGAGGACUCAGAUAUAAAGAGGGAACUACAGAGACUCAGGGAGAAGCAUCUGAGGGAGAUCUCAGAGCUGCAAGCGCAUCAGCGUGGAGAGGUGGAGCUGCUCUAUCGUAGACUUGGUAAGAUUCCUCCUCCUGGCCUCGGCCUCUUACAUGUUGCGCCGCAUACAAGUCGCAGGAAAAGGUCCAACAAACACCGACUGAAGCCGGGGAAACUUCUCAGCCCUCUGGUUCAACAAUUUAGGCAUGUCAAAACCAAAAGCAGUGACUCCACUAAAUCUGGUGCCACUCCAGCUCCAAGUGAGCCAGCAGUGAGUUUAAACGGCUCUCCAGGGAGAACAUCUUUCCCCACCCACGGCAGGCCACGGUCAUGUACCAGCCACUUACCCAGCUCAGCUUCAGAGCCGGUACAGACUCAGCAGCCCUGUUCCCUGAAAGGUUCUCUGUCCUCUGACAACAUUUACGCUGGACUGCAUGGAGAUGUCGCUGGCACACAUGCUCAACCUGGACAAGGCUGGUCUAAUUAUCCUCAACCAUCUGAGAGAGUGACCUAUAAAUCCAGUAGCAAACCACGAGCUAGAUUUCUCAGUGGGCCUGUGUCUUUGUCUAUCUGGUCAACACUUAAAAGGCUGUGUCUUGGUAAAGAGCGAGGCAGCAGAUCUGGGGCUUCAGCAUCUGGAGCUUUCAAUCAGUCACAGCAAAUGCAUAGUGUUACACCUCCUCCCCAACAGCCUGUUGUUGGCCUGGCCCAAGCUCAGGCCAACAACAGCAAUAACAAAACAAGUACAUCUAUGAAUCACUACGAAAACAACCUACCUGAAGACCUACAAGGUCUGAUGGAUGACUGGGCCCAGGAGGUUCUGAUUGUGACGCACCGGCCACGUACCGACUCCCUGAAUAUCCGUGGACAGCAGCUGUGCCCUCAGGUUGUGCCUCAAACACUUGAACAGCUGCCUCAGGCUUUAAAUGCAUCACCGUGGACGCCACCUGGUCCAGAGGCUUGCACUCUAUUAUGGCCUGACAGCCCUGGACCUGCAGUGAUGGCCAGCACCUCCACAAGACACUUUCACACUUAUCAGCUACACUCUCCUGCUGCAUUUACAGCCUUGCCCUCCCCUCUUUCCUUCAAUCAGUGGCCUGGGUUUUACUUUCCAGUUUCUACUGGGGUCUUUGCCUUUCCUGCUGAGCCCUCCACCCACUCCAGUCUUGUUUCAACCUCAUCUCAUCAGCUGAGUGACCCCGAGGCAAAAACUCUCUAAUCUGGGUAGCAUUGUGUCUUCCAACUCUGUUACCAAAAACUUAACUUAUAUUACAGCCGCUGUAGUCUCAAUAUUAUGUGCAUACAGUGUAUAUAUUUAACAUGCAUGUGUUUAACAAUAUGUAUAUAUCCAUCUUCACUCUUGAGUUUUAUGUUAUUUGUUUCAUUUCAGUCAACAAGCUUCAUUUUCAUAAUAUAACUAAUAUUAUUUAAAUGCAGUUUAAUGUUAGGAGGAUGAAAAUUAGCCAGAUCAGCCUCGAAGUGCAGACAUCUGUCAGUGUUUGUUUAUGUACAUUAUUGCUCACAGAAUGUACACAAUGUAAUGUUCAUUCAUUUUGUACUUAAAAAAUUUUUAUUGUGUUGCUCAUUUCACCCCACUAUAUUUAUAUUUAUAAGCUGCCACAUGUAUAUUUGAAUUUUGGUUUGUGUGUACAAAGCCUAUGUGUUUGUACAGUUAACAAAGGAUGAUCCAUAGUUUGGUGCUGCAGCUGUGGAUUUCAAUGCGGCACCUUAUUAGCAAUCAUUUUGCCAUCACUGUGAAAACUUGACCUACUGGUCACUAGGGCCUGUUGCUUUACUCUGCUUUCUCAGCUCAGAAUAUAGACACGUUUCAUUCUUCACCAGUGAAACACUUCCAGCACAAGCACUUGCGAUAUCCUUAAGAGAUUUGAAUGAGCUUGAAGUUUAUCCUCAGGUGGAAAAACACCUGUGAGAGUGCCUUGAACUGCAGUUUCAGUUUAUUGAAGAAAAGCAUUUAGAUUUAAAAUAGAAACCAGACUUAAUCCAUUGGUAUGUGUUAAGGUUGCAAUGGGAGUAAUCUGGGCAGAUAUCUCCAAACAUUUCCGACCCUCCUUCAGCUCUCUCAUCAGGACACCCCAGCAUUCACUGGGCAUUGAAGAUGAACACUGGAGUGACAUGUCAGAAACAUUUCUGUUUUGCAGGUUCUAGAAAGCAAUGUUCUCAAUGUCCAAACCACCCCUACUGGUUCCAGUUCAGUGUAGAAGAGCAGUAAACAAAGGUCCUUCCCUGACAUUGCCAACAUUCAUUUUGGUGGCUUGUAUUUUGGAUCUUAUUCAGUGGGUCACUACCACAUCUCCUUCAAUUAAUGAAGCAACUCGCAGUCUCAAGAAACCCUGACCAAAUGACACCAUGGUAUCAAAUCACAGGGUCCUAGUUUGUUAGACUUGUUAGGGUUUCUGCUUUUUUAGACUUUUCACAUCAUCAGCAAAAAAAUCUAAAUUGCUAUAAAAUCAGGCAAAAUAGAAAUCUAUUUUGUUUCACCUCAGAAUUUCAAUAGUUUAUAGCUGCAUUUCUCCAACGCCAGUCUAGGGACCUACAGUCUAAAACCCUUUCUGGUUCAUGCAUGAUGUUAUUUCAGAUUGGUGCAUGUGCAAAGGAAAACUUAUCCAAGUUCUUUACUGUGCCAAGUAUAGUAAACAAUUUAUAAAUGAACAAGAAAUUUGUGUAGUUUGCGUUUAAGGAUCGGGUGUGGAUUAAGGUUAGGUUACUAGAGCAGGUAGAGGGCAAAGAAGGAAAAGAAAAGAACUGAGAAUAGCAGGGCCUGAUAAAAGUUAGUUCAUAAAGGUUCUGAACACAUGUCAAUGGUUAUUGUUGGUUGAGUUCUGCACCCAUCAGAACUGCCUUAGUCUCUUCUGAGAACAAUGCAAAUUAAACUCCCACUAUUAAAUACAGAGAUUGAAAGGCCCAUAGCAAAAGACCUGGAACCCUGAUUAAGAAGCAUCUUGAACAAUACACUACUUAGGACACAUGAAACAUCAAAACUGUUUGAGCAAUGAUUAGAUGCAUACUCAAGUAACCCAGAGAGAGAAAGACCUUUUAUAGUGUCCACCAGCCACUUUGGCCAUUCCAAACUCUCAUAUUAACGUUUGGACAAACUUACCAACGAAGACAGGGACAACUUGUUAAACAACUGUGCAAAUCUACCAGAAAUGUUAAACUGACUCAGCAACCUCAGCCCAAGAAACAGAUUAGUCCCAAUAAUGUCACAAGCCUGAGGUUAUUUACAGAAUGCUUAUCAGUCGAAUUGAGGAAAAUAUCAAUGUACAUACCAAACUUAGGUCAGAAGCUUUCAAUAUCAACUUCAAACACUCUUAGUUAAGCAGCUUCCCAUGAAAAACAUGGCUUCACAAAACUACUGUUUUAAGCGUUUGCUUCUACAACUUCCUAAACCUUGUUCUCCUUAAUCUUCCCAGUAGUCAUCAGAUGGCACAGGGUUUUCUUCUCAAACCUACUAUUGUCACCUUAGCAGUGAUGAUAACCAGAUAAAAUUUAAAAUGCAGUUUUGAAAUGGUGAUUCCAUAUAAUAAAAAAAACUAUCCAAACCAACUUGUCCUCAUAUGAAAAAGUUAUUGCCCUAUACAAAAUAAUUGCUUGUUCCACACACGCAGCAACAACUACCAUCAAAUUUUCUCUCUAACUGGCACUAAAUCUUUUCCAUUGCUGCGGAGGGGUUUUGACCCACUCUUUUUUGCAGAAUUGUUUUAAUUAAGCCACAUUUGGGGGGUUUGAGCAAAAACACCCUGUUUAAGGUUAUGCCCUAGCAUCUCCAUGUGAUUCAGGUCAGGACUUUUACUAGGCCACUCUAAAACCAUUUAUUCUUUUUUAGGCUGUAUCCAUAGCCACAGAUGGACUAGCUGGUGUGCUUGAGCUUAAGCACAGAUGGCCAAAAAUUCUUCUUCAGGGAGAGAGCAGAAUUCAUGGUUCUUUCAAUUACAGCAAGUCAUAAAAGGCCUAAAGCAUGUGACCAUUACAUUACCAUUACCAUAUUUGACUGUAGGUGUGAUGUUCUUUUUUGUAAUGCUUAAUGUUUUGAUAAAUGUGAGAUGGGUCUUUAUGUUCUUUUUGGUUAGCCCCAGUUUUUACCUUGUAGCAUCCAUGGGAGCAUGGGUGCUAUUUUUGCUCAGUCUCUUUCUUACAUUUGAAUCAUAAACACUAUAGAGUAAAAUAAGUAUUGAACACAUCAACGUUUUCCUCAGUAAAUACACUGGUAAUAUUUAUAAUGGCACGAAAUUCACACCAGAUGUUGGUAACAACCCAAGUAACCCACACAUAAAAAAUCUAAGCAGAUUAGUUAGGAAAUUAAGCUAUGGGUAAAAACAUGAAAUUAAAUAGGGAAUAAGUAUUAAACACACUUACAGAAAUGUAUUAAAUAUUUUGUGGAAAAACCUUUCUAAGGUAAUGUGAACUUCAAGAUGUCUCCUGCAUGGUGAAAAAAGUCACAUGCAUUGCUCAGGUAUAAUUUGUGGCCAUUGUUCCACACAAACUACCUCCAAAUCUUGAAGGUUCUCCAGGUACUAUUUAUGUACUCUAAUUUUCAGUUCUUUCCAUAGAUUUUCAAUUGGAUGCAGUUCAGGUGAUUGACUUGGCUGUUCUAGCAGUUUCACUUACUGUCAUUGCAAUUAGUUAAAAUUUUCCUUAGCUGUGUCUUUGGUUCUAUAGUCUUUAUUGUAAAUCCACAUUUGUUUUAUCUUCAAAUUUUUAUAAAGAAUGUCCCGGUACAUUUGUCCAUUCAUUCUUUUUUUAAAUGAUAUGAAGUCUGCCAGUACCAUAUGCUGUAAGACAGCUCUCACCAUAAAAUUCACACUUGUUAACUUCUCUUUUGGGAUGUUGUCCUUCAAACAGCCUGAAUAUUGAUUGAUAUCUGAAAAGUCCAGCUUUGGCCUCAUCUGACUAGACUAUAUUUUUCCAGUUUUUUACUGUUGGCUUUUCCAAGUCUUCUGCAGAAAAGUUUAGGCAAGCUUCAACAUACUUUUUCUUCUUUAGUGGAGUCUUGUGCAGUGUGCAUAUUUGCCAUUGCAACUGAUUGUCCAUUUCUUUGAUUACUUGUGUUGUUGCUGACAUCUGCUUUCAGUGUUUCAUAUCAGCAGGACUAUUCAAAAUAUAUUUACUGAAAAAAACAUUAAUGUGUUCAAUACUUAUUUUACCCACAGUAGGAAAUUGUUUUUCUCCAACCUGGUGGAACAUGGUUACCACUAAGACCACUUGGGUUUGCGUUGACUUUUCUUAAUUUCCAGACAUGCAAGUAGAGUAGUGCAGUCCUUUCACCCAAUGUGACCCCCAGUCUCUCAAACAAAAACUGAGUCAAGUACUGUUGUGUGUUAAUGUUAUUCCAACAACAGUAUCUUAAAAAAGCGAUUACACCCCUCACAAUUACGUAAAUAUUUAAUUUUGUAUUUUCAUGGGACACCACUGAAGAUAUACCACUUUGAUGGAAUGUAUUCAGUGUACAGCUUGUAUAACAGUGUAAAUUUGCUGUCCCCUCAAAAUGAUUCAAUACAUAGCCAUUAAUGUCUAAAUCACUGGCAACAAAAAUAAGUACACCCCUAAGUGAAGUCCAAAUUCUGCCUAAAGUAGCAAUAUUUUUGUGUGGCCAACAUUAUUUUUCUAGUACAACCUUAAUUCUGUUGGGCAUGGAGUUCACUGAAGCUUCACAGGUUGCCACUGGAAUCCUUCUUCAGUCCUCCAAGACGUCAUCACGGAGCUGGUGGAUGUUAGAGACAUUGUGCUCCUCCACCUCUUUGAGGAUGCCAAACAGAUGCUCAGUAGGGUUUAGGGUCUCGAGACAGGCUUUGCCAGUCCAGCAUCUUCACCCUCAGUUUCUUUACCAAGUCAUUGGUUGUCUUGAAGGUGUAUUUGUGGUCAUUACCAUGCCAGAAUACUGCCCUAUGGCCCAGUUUCCGACGGGAAGGUAUCAUGCUCUGCUUCAGUAUGCCAUAGUACAUGUUAGCAUUCAUGGUUCCCUCAAUGAACUUUAGCUCCCUACAUCCAGCAGCACUCAUGCAGCCCUGAACCAUGAUACUCCCACCACCAUGCUUGACUGUAAGCAACAAAGACUUUUCUUUGUACUCCUCACCUGGUUUCCGCCAUUCCUGCUUGACACAAUUUGAACAAACAAAUUUAUCUUGUCAUCAGAUCACAGGACAUGGGUGCAGUAUUCCAUGUCCUUAGUCUGCUUGUCUUCAGCAAACUGUUUCUGGGCUUUCUUGUGCAUCAUCUUUAGAAGAGGCUUCCUUCUGGGAUAGCAGCCCUGACCAUUUAAUGCAGUGUGCUGCAUCUGGUCUGAACACUGACAGGUUGACCCUUUCAACAUCUAGAGCAAUGCUGGCAGCACCCAUACAUCUAUUUUCAAAAGACAACAUCUGGAAAUGACAUUGAGCAUGUGCACUCAACUUUUUUGUUGGACCAUGGUGAGGCCUGUUCUGAGUGGAACCUGUCGUGUUAAACUGAUGAAUGGUCUUGGCCAUAGUGCUGCAGUUCAGCUUCAGGGUGUUUUCUAGGCCAUAUUUAUGUAGAGCAGCCAUUCUUUUUUUUUAGAUCUUCAGAGCGUUCUUUGCCAUGAGGUGUCAUGUUGAACAUUCAGCGACCAUCAUGAGAGUGUGAGAGUGAUAACACCAAAUUUAACACGACCCCACCCUGUUCAAACCGCAGACCUUGUAACUCUAACCAACAAAUGACACCAAUGAGGGAAAAUGGCUUAUUGGGGACAAUUUGGACAUUUUUACUUGGAGGUGUACUCACUUUUGUUGCCAGUGGUUUAGACAUUAAUGGCUGUGUGUUGAGUUAUUUUGAGAGGACAGCACAUUCACACUGUUAUACAAGCUGUACACAGACUACAUUGCAUCAAAGUGCUAUAUCUUCAGUGGUGUUCCAUUAAAAGAUAUAAUAAAAUAUUUACAAAAAUGUAAGGGGUGUACUCACUUUUGAGAGAUACUGUAUACCGAGCUGAAAUCCCUUAACCUUUAACUUUGAGCUCCUACACCUCCACAGCCCGCUUUAAUUCACAAAUAUACUAAAUUGGUGCUGGAUGAUGUGGUGACCUACUGUAAGUUGUUGGUUUUAAAGCCGCAUUACAACAAGGACAGAGGGACCUAAUACACAAGUAAAAACCAUCAACAUUAUCAUAUACCUCUUCUCAUGCAAUCUGUAGCUUUACAUACUGUUGCCUUCUUGGUUUUGGAGAGAUUAUUGCAUGUCUAUUUUAUGAUUAGAUUAUUUUGUUUUAAAUGCUGGUAAUACAACCACAGAAUAGAAGAAUGUAAAGACUAUUAUGUCAAAGUCACAACUGGUUGAACAUGUAAAUUGUAAUAAUAUUUAACAUAAUGUUUAUUGGUUUCUAGUUAUUCUUUGGGCCUGUGCUCAUAAUUUCAGUCCUCCAGUUUCAUUAUGGCCUCAAGAAUAUUUUUUCCUGUCUGAGGUUUUUUGUCUUUUAGGGCUAACAAUUGGCACAAAAAUAUUUAGUAACUGCAAAAACAAUUCAAUGCACUCUUAGACUCAAAGUGGCAACAUGCCCGUUGGAGUAAAUUUAGUAAUUUAAAGGUUUCCUUAUCGGUUUGGUGUGGAUAUAAAUCAAUUAAUUCCUAAAACUAAUUAGUUUCUUAGAUUGAUUAAACAGAGACUCUAGACAGACACCAUAUAUGUUCAAUGGUAAUCUUUUGUUUAUCAAUGGGGUUUUACCCCCAUAAAAAAAUUAGUAUAACAGUAUUUUUUAGGUUUUGGUUUCCAAAGCAGAGAUUCUUGAAUGUUGUUUUUCUUUGUUGGUGGGGUGGAAGGAUCUCCUAUGCAGUCUUUCUGUUGUGCUUUACACUGAGCCUUGUGUCUUUAAUUUGUUUAAUGCUUGCAUUUAAUACUAGGUGUGUUAUUGCUUUUGCCUGCUGUGUCACCACUUAUCCCAACACCCUGCCAACCUUGUCAAAUUAGUACUCUAUAACAAAUGCUGUAUAUACUUGAAGAAGUCAACAAUAAAUUUUCUCUUGACAGUA